AUGGCUUCUGACACCCUGUACAUCUUUUGCAUGGCAACGCUUAUACUCCUUCGGCAAGUUUUGAACGAGCUCGCGGGAGGUAUAAAACCGGCCGGCGGAACAGCGACUCCUCCACAACGUCCGCAGCACCGCAGGACAGCACCAGGCCUAGACAGCUCUGACCAGAAGAACGACGUGCUUUCGGCUGACAGGUUCCUCGGGCAUCCGACGAUCAUCGAGCGCGCCGUGCAGAGAUCCGAGUGCGAGGGUUGCGGAGCCAACUGCAAACAGUGCAAGUACGGCUCGGCCUAUUCGCUCUGGUGCGGACUGGACGAGUGUCUCAAGGGACCGGGCGAGAUGUGCGGCGGUGUGCGCAACAAGUACGGCGAAUGCGGUGACGGCAUGUACUGCCGAUGCAACAAGUGCACCGGCUGCAGCAUCGACACCCUCGAGUGCUUCUCCGGCUUCUGUCCGAUACUCGAACAGCAGAUGCAGCUGCGCCACCAGGACCACAGCAUGCACGGACUUCAGCUCGACAAGUAA